AUGUCCCUGGCGGGCAGGACACUUGGGGACACCUCUCUUGCCACGUGCCAUGGGGGUGUGCAGCAGGCUGGCAGCGAGGGGCUGACGGAGGAGCUGAGAUUUGGGAACACCCUGGCCCUCGCCGGGGGCACAGGCAGGCGCUGCCGCACAGCCCCUCCAGCCCUUCGGCUGCGGGGCAGAGGAAAUCCCAGCACCGGAGGUCGAGGAGCCCUCGCCACCCCGGAGACCCUGUGGCUCGGCUACAACUUCAUCUCCGUGCUGGGGCCCCACUGCUUCCCUUUCCUGCCAGGGCUGCUGCUGCUCAGCCUGCCCCACAACCGCCUGGGGCUGAUCCACAGCCAGGCGCUGGUGGGGCUGGGGGCUCUGCGGGAGCUGGACCUCAGCAACAACUACCUAACUGUGCUGACCCCUGAAACCUUCCUGCCCCUCACCAGCCUGGCCACGCUCAACCUGGGCAGCAACAGGCUGGGGGAGCUGGAGCCCGGGGUGCUGCAUGCCCUGCCCCAGCUCCGAGCUCUCUUCCUGCAGGACAACCCCUGGGUGUGCAGCUGCAGCAUCCUGCCCCUCUGGCGCUGGCUAAGCUACAACAGGGAAAAAGUGCAAGAGAAGAGCUUGCUCCUGUGCAGAGUCCCAGAGCAGCUGAGCAAGUAUCCGAUCAUGGCCUUCAGUAAUGAGUCCUUCAGGCAAUGCCAGGAGACCUCACUGCCUGUCCAGCACUACAUCAUCUUCUUGAUCAUUGGACCGUUCUCCUUCAUGGCCAGCAUCUUCUUCUGCACAUUCAUGGGCUCCGUCAUAGUCGUUUAUCAUAACCUGCGCAAAGAAUCCCACUUCUGGAGGAGACCCCGCAUGGGCAGGAGCCGCUGGGGCAGAGCGACCAAGCUUUAG